AUGCGUCAGGAUCAAAGGCUUGGUGCCUACCGUAUUCUAGCCUUAUCGAUUACUAUUACUGCAUUGUGUACCGCUUUAUCGGCUUGUAUUAGCCUACCACUGCUUUUCAUCUACGCUGGUCCGUGUGCAGAAGAAUUUGAUGACGGGGUUUACCACAUGCAGAAUGACUGCACGGGAUCUCCUGAAGGAUGUCGUCGAGUUGAAAGCGCUGCCAAUACGUUCCUGGACGGGCAUCCAAAAGCAAGGAAUGCGAUGGCAGCUUGCUGUUUGCCUGGUCCACCUGGUCCACGGGGACCAGCAGGUAGACCAGGACGACCAGGAAAACCCGGCAUGAACGGCAUCAAUGGUGAUCCUGGUCGAGUUAUGAUGGCACCGUUUCUCUACGUCACAUCGGAUUUUUGUAUAAAGGAGAUCGCGGCCCACCAGGAGAGCCUGGUAUACCUGGAAAACAGGGAAGAGCAGGAGUACCUGGGUAAGCCUGGUAUCAAGGGUCGCACGGGACCAGUGGGCUCUCCCGGCAUGCCAGGAGUGCCUGGAAUUCCUGGACUAUCGGGAGCUUCUUGCGAGUUAGGGCAAAUAGAGUACGGUGAACCAGGUGUCAUUGGCGAACCUGGGCCCCAGGGACCACGAGGACCUCCAGGACGACCGGGAAUCGAUGGAAACAUCGGGGCCUCCCGGCGAAGAUGGCGAGCCUGGUAUGCGCGCGGAGCACCAGGAUUGCCUGGUCCACCUGGGCCACGUGGUCGACGAGGCGAGAAAGGCAUAUGCCCAAAGUACUGCGCUCUAGACGGCGGUGUAUUCUUCGACAACGCCACGCAAGCGAAGACGAUAAGCGGACCUUAUGAGAUUCUUUUUUUGGGUCGAUAA